CUGGCUUUAUGGGGAGAGACAGAGAUGGAUGAUGCCAUCUGUCAGGAAAUCUGUCAAUAAUGUACAAAACUGUUUCUGAUUGUCUUGGGGUGUUUGAUCUUAGCUGUCCUGACAACUUUCAAAGAGUAUGAAACUGUUUCUGGAGACUGGCUUCUCUUGCUGAGCCAUGUAGAUCCGAGCAAGAACUAAAUGCCAAAAGGAAUGAAAGGAAACUUUUGCCAUUUUCAUCUUUGGAGCAGAGUUUGCCUUAAGAAUCUGGGCUGCUGGGUGUUGCUGUCGCUACAAAGGAUGGAGGGGGAGACUCAAAUUUGCCAGGAAGCCUUUGUGCAUGCUGGAUAUCUUUGUGCUGAUUGCUUCAGUGCCAGUGGUUGCUGUUGGGAACCAGGGCAAUGUUCUGGCCACAUCUCUCAGAAGCCUCCGCUUCCUUCAGAUCCUACGGAUGCUCCGAAUGGACAGGCGGGGCGGCACUUGGAAACUUUUGGGAUCAGCCAUUUGUGCACAUAGCAAAGAACUCAUCACUGCUUGGUACAUCGGGUUCCUGACGCUCAUCCUAUCCUCAUUUCUUGUUUAUCUGGUUGAAAAAGAUGUUCCUGAAAAGGAUGCUAAUGGGGUGGAGAUGAAGGAAGAGUUUGAAACCUAUGCAGAUGCACUGUGGUGGGGGCUGAUCACCCUUGCUACAAUUGGGUAUGGUGACAAGACCCCCAAAACUUGGGAGGGACGACUGAUUGCAGCUACAUUCUCUCUCAUUGGAGUGUCUUUCUUUGCUCUUCCUGCAGGCAUUUUGGGCUCAGGGCUGGCACUGAAGGUCCAGGAGCAACAUCGUCAAAAACAUUUUGAGAAAAGAAGAAAGCCAGCAGCUGAACUCAUUCAGGCUGCUUGGAGAUACUAUGCUACUAACCCCAACAGGAUUGAUCUUGUUGCUACCUGGAGGUUUUAUGAAUCAAUUGUAUCAUUUCCAUUUUUCAGGAAAGAGCAAUUGGAUGGUACUGCCAGCCAAAAGCUGGGUCUCUUGGAUCGGGUUCGUGGUACCAAUACUAAAGGAAAGCUAUUUACCCCUCUGAAUGUAGAUGCCAUUGAAGAAAGUCCUUCAAAAGAGCCUAAGAAUGUUGUCUUGAAUAAUAAGGAGCGUUUUCGCACUGCAUUCCGAAUGAAAGCGUACGCUUUUUGGCAAAGCUCAGAAGAUGCAGGGACAGGAGAACCCAUGGCAGAAGAGAGAGGCGACAGUAGCGACUUCAUUAUGGAAGAUAUGAUCCCCACAUUCAAGACAGCCAUCCGAGCUGUCAGAAUACUGCAGUUUCGUCUCUAUAAAAAAAAAUUCAAGGAGACUUUGAGGCCUUAUGAUGUAAAGGAUGUGAUAGAGCAAUACUCAGCAGGGCAUCUUGAUAUGCUUUCCAGAAUAAAAUAUCUUCAGGCAAGAGUAGAUAUGAUUUUUACGCCUGGACCUCCAUCUACACCCAAGCAUAAGAAAUCCCAAAAGGGAGGAGCUUUUUCUUACCCUUCACAACAGUCUCCCAGAAAUGAUCCAUAUGUAGCCAAAGCAUCUACAGCAGAUACUGAAGACCAAAGUAUGAUGGGCAAAUUUGUUAAAGUUGAACGACAGGUUAAUGACAUGGGGAAGAAACUGGAUUUUCUUGUUGAUAUGCAUAUGCAUCAUAUGGAACAGCUGCAAAUACAAGUCGCUGAGAUAAGUCCGUUGAAAGAAACUGCUUCUCCUGCAAAGGAGAAGAGAGAAGAAAACAAAUAUUCUGAAUUAAAAACAAUAAUAUAUAAAUACACUGAGCAGUGUGCUCACGAAACUCCUUACAACUUCCAGCAGGUUCCAGUCAACAAAGUCAGUCCUUAUGGUUUCUCAGCACAUGGUCAUACGACUCAUUCGCAACCUUUAUCAAUAGGUGGGCAAAACUCUGGCAAACUGCAAGCCACACCUUCCUCAACUUCGUAUGCAGAAAGGCCAACAGUUUUGCCUAUAUUUACAUUAAUGGACUCCCAGGUUAGCUACCACUCUCAAGGAGACCUACAAAGCCCUUACUCAGAUAAGGUAUCUCCAAGACAGAGAAGGAGCUUAACAAGAGACAGCGAUACUCCAUUAUCCCUUCUCUCCGUCAACCAUGAGGAACUUGAGCGCUCCCCAAGUGGCUUCAGUAUCUCCCAAGACAGAGAUGACUUCCCAUUUGGCCCCAAUGGGGGAUCGGCGUGGAUGAGAGAGAAACGCUACCUAGCAGAGGGGGAAACGGACACAGACACCGACCCUUUUACACCAAGUGGCUCCAUGCCUUUGUCGUCUACAGGAGAUGGGAUUUCAGAUUCAAUAUGGACCCCUUCAAAUAAGCCAGUUUAAAAGUGCGUGUGGGGGCAGUCACUGGUUGACUUCUCCAUGUAAUGUAAGCAUACUUUGUAUAUCUCACUUACUCUACACCCAAAGCUUACUAGUUCAAAACACCAAUGGCUGCAUAAGAUGCAUGUGAUAUUAGUGGUAGUCAUUCUGCACCAUUUCAUACAAUUUACUAAUGCAGUUUUUUUCAUGCUACCAAAACUAAGGAGCUUAGUUUUGAGCAUGGUUUGCAUGACUUUACCCUAUAUAAAUGGUACAGCUGAUUUCUUCUAUGAUACAUAUCUAUCUGAUACUCUUCAAUACAACAAUGGUGAAUUGAUAACAGGCAAGAUAUGGUGGUCCUUGCUACAUUUUGUAAACGGAGCAGCAAAGUAAAAAAUAUUUUCAGGAGCAAUAUCCCUUUGUGGAAACAUAACUUCUGAAUCCAUUUUCCAAUAUAAGUAAAUCAAUCUCUAACCAACCUAGCCAAGAGGGUCUAAUAUUCAAAGCAGGGAAAAGCUGAGUGAAAGUAAAUGACCUUACUGAAAAGGUUUUGUGAACAAAAUGUUUCUCAUGUGAUGUCUUAUACAACUACCCAUGACAGAAAAUGUCAAAAUGAAACUAAGAGUAGAAUUUAAAAUUAUCAAAUCAACCACCUAGGUUUGAUCAUGGGUAUUUAUUUAUUUAUUGCAAAAUGUAAAUAUUAAUCCCUCAAACUACUUUGAAAAUCUUCACUACUGUUUAUAAAAUUGCUCAAAGCUUGACUACAAUUCUUUAGAAUAUCUUUUGCUAAGACUACUUGCUACUUACGGGGCCAAAUUUUUUUUCUCUUCCAAAAAUAAGAUUGUUCAGUGUAGGGAACUCCAGGUUUAUACACUCCACUGUUUUAUUGACCUAUGUGCUGCUAGGUAAGCUGCAUAAUGUAACUGUGCCUCAGUUUUCCUAUCUGUUAAUUGGGAGUUACACUUCUGUACAUAUACACAGGUUGUAAGGCUCAAUUCACUAAUAUUUGCCAAGCGCUUUGAGCUCCUCAGGUGUACAGAGUUUUGCUAUUCUGUUCCCUGGGAGUUUCACAAUGUGAAAUGCUGCCAGGAUCCGUUUCUCUCUGUUUACUCUUUCUCUUGGAAAUGGACUGCUCCAAAUCCAUGAAUACGUGCCAUAUUUAAGAUCAAGGUACAAAUACACAAAUACCAUUUUUGUCACCUGUCCCUGAACAACAGAGGGAUGUGUACUCCCUAGGCCUCAGCCAAAUAUUUUUUAAUGGGAAUUGAAAAUUAUGUUGAGGGAGAGCAGGAAAAAAAUCCAACAUACUGGGAACAGGGAAGAAAUGAAUCAAAGCUCUCACCACUAAGUGGGAAUGUAGAAUUGAUACAGGUAGUGGACAGGUAGACUGUCCAAAUAUCCUGUGUAGGAUUUAUCUGGGGUGAACACUAGUGUCCAUGAAAUAGGGGACAUUUAGUGUUGAGUUCAAUGGCUAUGCAUUCUUUACAGCUGGUGGAAAACUAAUCAGUACAGUUGAUGAGCACAGGGUACAAGAACCAAGGCACACAAUCAGCUUUAGGAUGAGAUUAAUCUCAUCUUUAAUUCAAUUAUCGAUAGUGACCAAAUUUCUACUAACUUCAAACGGAGCAGAGGGUGACUGCCUUAAAUGUCACAUGAUCACAGUCAGUGGGAAGGCUUUCACCCCUACCCACUGAUCCAGGGUGCAGCCCCUCCGCCAUGGCUCAUGCCCACCUCCUGUGGAGAAUGACCCCUGUCACUCCACACGAUGACUUCACCACUGUGGCUAGAGCACUGGACAACAAAGACACAAGGAUUUGGCCCACGUAAGAUGUUAGAAAGUGGACUUUCUGUAGUGACUGCUUGUAUUGUACUGCAGCUGCAUAAGUGAGCAUCCUUAGCACAUACAGUCAGAGCACAAGAAAAAGAGACACUUUACUGGGGUUCCCAAUAUUUACUGGGUAUUUACAGCUUGGAUAGAGUGCACUUCAAUGGAAAAUACCUUGUUGGAUUUUGCCUACUGUAGUAAACUUCAUGUUUAAUUCCUCAGUAUCACUGACAUCUUGUAACAGUCAUUUCAUCCAGGAAGCUUCUAUUCUCUUCGAGAUACAGGCAUUGCCUUAAUCUUAAUUGUUUUUUUCUCUAUUUAAAGAGGCAUCUAAAGGAUUAGGAUCUUCUUACUUCAUCUGCUUCUUCAGUUAAAUCAUGAUACAUCCUUCUGGGACAAAUCCUCAGGGAAGACAAACUGUAGUUGUUACUUGAGUAAAUAAUGCAGACCAGUUACCAGUUUGAAGACUGGGCUGAGUCUACGGAGCUGUUCUGAGGCCAGUAACUAUGAUGACACGAGGCACCAUUUUGGUAAUUACUUAAUUGACAAAACAGUCAUUACCUGAAAGAUAAUCUGUGUUUGGUACAGUUCCAUUGCUAAACUUGAAUAGAAUAAAACUAGAUGACAAAAGUGUAUUUCAUUAUAACUUGGCAUAUUGAGAAAAAUACUUUGGCCAUCAGUGAUUCUUGGAAAUACCUGUAUUGCAUCUGCUGCAGGCUUUCUGAUACAGUACGUAUCAGUGCCACAUCUGUGGCAGCUUGUAAGAUUUAACCCUUAUAAUCAUAAAUGAAAGAAAAAGAGUGAAAACUGAUUUUAACAUUGCUAGACUUCUUCUAAAACUGGUGUAAAUGCAUGCUAGACAAGCCUGCUUCACUUUUCUUAUAUGUCAAGUGCCUGGCAUUCCUACUGAUUUCAUUUGAGUUUGUCCCUUCUUAAAAUGCUUUCUAGAUCUGUGCAAUCAAAAAACAAGGCAGCCAAAACCCAAGUGCAAUCUGAGAAAUUUGUUUGCGAAUGUCUUUGACAGUGGCUCUGCCAUGCAGUUCCCUGCCCAAUUCCCCCUCAGAUUCUUCAGUUCAGGUUUCUAAUCUCUCCCAUGCCAGGUCAUAUAAAGGCAAUCUUUUCUCAGUAUUAAACUUCGCUGGAAAUCCAUAAAUCACCACAUUCUAAAGUAUGUUAAUAGCAAAAGAAAAUUCAAGCAAGGGCAGAGACUUGGGUAAGUCUUCACCUGCACACUGAGUGCAGCCCCCCAAAAAGUGGAUUUGGGCUGCCCUGCAUUGUGUACACUUAAGAGCUGAACUACCUUUAAGUGAGCAUUUUCUAUGGGCUGUAAGCACCAAUUUACUGUAUACAACUCAAAGCACCAGGUCAGGUAUUUGUAGCCACAUCAUUAAAUAUUUAAUGAUGUGCUAGCUGGCCAGAUAAGGUCUGUCUCUUCUUAAUAGGCAUUGGUGGUAAGCUCAGCAAGACCCUCUGCAGUGCACAUCUCUGGGUUCUCUGGAAGAGUCACAAAAAGAGGGUCAAGGAAGGACUGAAUAGUUUAUUUUAGUAUUUAUUUUUUCUGACACUUCUUUGCACGGAAACCAGUCACUCCUCUGUCCAGAAGGGUGAGGUACUUAGCAGCUUUCUGCCUGCUACAUCAUCUGGAUUAAAAAUAGGGUGUGCAUCAGUUCUGCUGUCUGUGCUGACAACAGGUACAUGCCAAAAUGUCACCAGCAAGGUGAGAUCUAGAGACCAUCCAUGAUCUGGGAUGUGCACACAAACUUCAUCAGACUCCAGUUCAGAUUGAUUCCAGGGAGUGCAUCAACCUUGGAACGGCGGUUUAUGUGCCUGCCAUAGAUACUGGACAAAACAGAAUAAAGUAUCUGUGAUUAUUGACCGUGCCAACGUUUAAAAGGUCAGGACCUGUUUUGGGGAACAAGUUCCCCACAUACAAGGAGUCAUUAUUCACAAUUUCACUUGACUGAGGCACCUCGGUCAAUGUACGCUUUGUACUAUGAAUGGAUUAGAUGUCUCCCUUCUUCCAUCUGUGUGUGUGACAUUUCAGUUUAACAGUUCUCAAUUUUGUUUGGGUCCAAUCUUCCUAGUAUCUAGACUGACACUGACAUUUGUUUACAUGUAGUUAACAUUAAAGAGAAUUAACCAUUGAAAUUCACUCUUGGCUGACUCAACUCCUACGAGUGACCAAGGAUUCAUUUCAGGCUUUGAGAUGGUUGUCAUAAUCAAAAAGUGUGGGACUUUUCCUUUGCUCUCCUCAAAGUCAGUAAGAAUCCUCCUCAAACUGAGGCACUGGGACACUGGGAGCAGCAUAGGGUCCUAAUCUGCCUUUAUUUAUGAAUUUCCUUGUGAAAGACAUGGCUGAUCUGGAGACAUGCUUUUUAGCUACAUUUUUGCACUCAUUUUUCAGUCACUAACAAAUGAAACACAUUUGGAAGUUUUUGAAAAGGUGAAUCUGUGUUUACGCUGUGUGCCUCUCUUUGCAGCAUUAUGAUCAAUCAAGCUUCCCCACCUUAGAUUCAAACAGAAUAUUUCAUUAAGGCAGAAGUGAAUGUUUAGUUAAAUUAUGCAGGUAGAGAAUAUGUGGAUUAUGCUUCAUUUAAGGAGUUGGUCCUUUAAAAACAACCUAGUCAGGUAAUGGCUCUUGUCCUUGCUUUGGCUUUUCCCUGCACUGAAUUAAUCAGUCUGGCUCCUAUCAAAACAAACGGGAAUUCAGCAUGUGGAGAGAUUGAUGGAAAAGUUCCUAAACUGACUUUGGCUAUAUUUGCUCUCAUUUUAUCUGUAACUUUGCUGCAAUGUUAUGGUUCAGAGUGGAAAUAGUUUUAAAAUUUUCUGCUUCAAAUUGUGGCCCAGCAACACCGCAAACUAAUUCCCUCCUGAACCUGCGUGUAGUGGGGCUGCUGACUUGUGGCCUUCAGGCGAGCACCGUGGUCCAAUCGGUUUGCAAGAUCACAGCCUAAAACAAUCAGAAAAUGCAGAUUAAGGAGUAAAUUCAAGCGCUGCUGGGAGCCCAGUUGUUACAGGGGGUGUCACAUCUGCUCGUGUAAGAACUGGAUUUUUCCUGCUUAGAGCAGAGCAUGUGAGAAAGAGCUGAAUCUUGAUUCCUUGCACCCCACAGCCCCCACCACUAAGCGUUAGGUGCCUAAGACCUGCAGACCUACAUUUUCUACAGCACCUCACAGGUUUGGUGUGAUAUCACUUUUUCAGGAGCCCAACUGAAUGUGGGUGUUCACUUCUGAAGACCGUUUUUAGAGGUACAAAGCAAAAAGGGGCUAUUUUCAAGUGCUUUUAGCUGGACACUGUGGGAACAAAGACCCUGGGUAUCACUAUUGCUUCUGAAUAUUUAGGCUGUAAGAUUUGAUCCUUCCCAAUUCAGCUUUUAGUAGCUUCUCUCUAAAGUUAAGUGAAGCAAAAUCCUGGAAGUGGGAUCCUAUUUCCAUCCUCAAGAAUACGCUGAGACUGAAGGUUACAUAGCCGACUGCAUUUUGUUUUCUAGUUAUGGCAUCUUAUUAUUACUAGUAUUUGUGCCUUGCUCACUGAAAUUUUCUCCAUGCUACAAAGAUGCUUUUCAGAUUCUGGCUGACAAGGGAACACAACUUUUAUACAAGUGGCCUUUAGUGCUCUUUAUAAUAUUAUUUAUUGUAAUUUUUAAACUGUAUGUGUAAUUUAUAUUCUGGCACUGUCCAAUAUUUGAACAACUUUAAUAUGUUUAUUUCAAUAUAUUAUGCAAACAAUACUUCUUAACUGAUUUUUUUAUGUUCUGUCUUUAAAAACUGCACCACUUAUUAAUAAAUAGAAAUUUCAAUUA